GGAAGAGGAGAAAGAAGUAUGGUUCCAUUUUAUCCACUCUGCUAUAUUUCCCCCUCCCAUGUUACGAUAAGCCUUUCUGAUGAAAUUCAUAAUUCUAAGUUCUUUCCAAUUCCAAUUCCGUUUCUUUCUCUCUCGCCAUUCUGUGUUCUUCCUCCUUCCCUCCCUUCAAUCUCUCUGCCCCACUGUCACUUCUUUCUACUCUUUUGAUUCGCAUUUCUGAUUCAUCAGCUCCUCAUUUUUAUUUUUACAUUUUUUUCCUAGACUAUCUUUUGAUUGUUUUUGUUAUUUUUCUUCCCCUUUGAAGACUUUUCCCCCUUGCCUGGGGUUUAAUUGGCGGAAAGUAGUCGGGAUUUUGUUUUUUUUGCUCGCUAAAUCUCGCUCUGCAUUUGAAUUGGUGAAUUUUGGGUUGAAUUCCGGAGGUUUUGGCUGUGAUCCGACCUUUUAAUUCUAAGAUCUGCUCUGUUUCGCUGGUCAAUAUUGAUCUGGUUAGUGUUUUAUUCAGCAACGGGUUUGGAUCCGAUCGAGGAAGAAACAGCGCCAUCCGAUGGCGCUGUUCAGAAGGUUCUUUUACAGGAAGCCGCCGGAUCGGCUUCUUGAGAUAUCCGAGAGAGUCUAUGUGUUCGAUUGUUGCUUCUCCACGGAAGUGUUGGAAGAAGAAGAAUAUAAGGUCUACUUGGAUGGCAUUGUAGCACAGUUACAGAGCCACUUUCCUGAUGCGUCUUUCAUGGUUUUCAACUUCACAGAAGGUGGUAAGCGAAGUCAAGUUUCUGAUGUACUGAGUCAGUAUGACAUGACAGUUAUGGACUAUCCUCGGCAAUACGAGGGAUGUCCUUUAUUGCCAUUGGAGAUGGUUCACCACUUCCUUCGAUCAAGUGAAAGCUGGUUGUCGCUGCAGGGUCAACAGAAUGUGUUAUUGAUGCAUUGUGAAAGGGGAGGAUGGCCUGUUCUUGCAUUCAUGCUAGCUGGUCUUCUGUUGUACAGAAAACAGUACAGUGGGGAGCAGAAGACUCUUGAAAUGGUCUACAAGCAAGCUCCUAAGGAACUUCUCCAUCUCUUAUCUCCUUUAAACCCUCAGCCUUCCCAGCUGAGAUAUCUUCAAUACAUUUCCAGGAGAAACUUAGGUUCUGAUUGGCCUCCGGCAGAUACACCCCUAGUUUUGGAUUGUUUAAUACUUAGAGUUCUACCUCUUUUUGACGGGGGAAAAGGGUGUAGGCCUGUUGUGCGUGUCUAUGGUCAAGACCCCUCAAUACCGGCCAAUAGAACUUCAAAGCUUUUAUUUUCAACAUCUAUCAACAGAAAACAUAUCCGAAACUACCAACAGGAAGAGUGUAUGCUGGUGAAAGUUGAUAUUAAUUGCCAUAUUCAAGGGGACGUAGUUGUUGAAUGCAUCCAUUUGGAUGAAGAUCUAGUACACGAGGAGAUGAUGUUUAGAGUUAUGUUUCACACAACAUUUGUUAGAUCAAAUAUUAUAAUGCUGAACCGUGAUGAAGUUGAUGUUUUAUGGGAUGCAAGGGACCAGCUCCCUAAGGACUUCAGAGUUGAGGCACUCUUUUUGGGUGCUGAUGCUGAUGUCGUUGUCCCCAAUCUUACCACAACCUUUGAUGAUGAAGAUGAAAAUGAAGCUGGAGUUGCUUCUCCUGAAGAAUUUUUUGAGGUUGAAGAGAUUUUCAGUAAUGCAAUGGAUGGGCAGGAAGCAAAGGGAUCCAAUCAUCCUCAAUUGAUCAAUCGUGCAGACCGUAAAGCAGAUAGGAAGGAGGACUUUGAUCCGCCUGCAUUCCAAGAUUGUGCAACUGAUGAUGGAAAUCUCAAGCAUGUGAAGAAAUCAGAUUUUGAUGCAGUGAAGGACAUUGCUGUGGAUGAUGUGAAGUACAAGCUGGAUGAAAAUAUAUAUUCCAACCUUAAUGCUGUUAAGGACAUUGCUGUGGAUGAUGGGGAUAUGAAUUCAAAUUCCUUCCUGGUUGCUGCUGCUAAUGUCUUGACUCAUGUGAAAGCCCAGGGGUUGGUAGAUGCCGCAUAUGGAAAAGUUGAAGAUAAUGAAGAAAAGGAUGAUGGAAGAGGUGCUGCACCUGCGAAAUUGGAAAACAAGGUUCUUCAGAAAAAGUUGAGUGCUGAUGGUUCUAGACAAAAAUCUGAAAAAUUGCAAACACCAAUCCCCAAGAAACAGCCUAUCCCAAGUGGAAAACCUACCACUGAUAUGGUUUCAGCCAAACAGAAAGUCAAACAACAAGAGACUCAAGGUUUUUCUGCAAAACAAGCAAAGCCGAAUGCAGCUUCUAGGUGGAUUCCUCCUAACAAAGGCUCUUAUAUGAACUCUAUGCAUGUAUCCUAUCCUCCUUCAAGAUAUAACAGUGCCCCAGCUGCUUUGGCCUGUAUUGCACCAUCAAAGGAUACAAGUGCAAAUUCCAAAACAAAGGGUGCUGCCACCCUUGAUUCUCUGGUUUCUACAUAUUUAUUUAGUGAACGAAAAGAUCAAAAAGUGGAUUCUGUAAGGUCUUCACACUCUGCACCUGGGGAACUCAUGCAUGGCGCACCAUCUCCAGUUGAGUCAAUUGAGGAAGCAGAUUCUUCCUCUGAAACUCCAAAACCAUCACAAAGUGAUUCACAACUUGAAGUAACACCUCCUCCCCUUCCCACAAAACCUCCAUCUCCACAUUUACCAUCACUCCCCAGGGUAGAUGCAAUACCUCCUCCACCUCCUCCACCACCCCCAUCCUUGCACCAUAUGGAGUCGACAUACUCUGUUCCACCACUUUCUGUGUCUUUAGCACCACCACCCAUUGCUAACUCAUCAAAGGCAGUGACUCCCCCUCUCCCUCCCCCUCCUCCAUUCAGUAGGCAGAACAGUGAGAUACUUUUGCCCAUUUCUUCUACACAGUCAUCAUGGGAGCAAAGAUAUUCUUCUGUUUCUAGUGUAAAGGUGGCUGGUUCUGUACCUCCUCCACCUGCACCCCCAUCUCGACCUCGACCUCACUCUGUGGCCAUGCCAUCUACAUUAAAGAAUAUUGCAAGUAUUCCUCGUGUACCUGUUGUAUCUCCUCCUUCAGCAUUUCUUUCAUUGGCAUAUAAAGGUAUAUUGCUAUCAUCACCCCCACCUCCCCCUCUUUCUAGGAUACAUGAACUACUUUCUCCACCAUCUUCACCACACCUGCCUGCUCCAAUAUGCGGUGGUAAAACACCCCCACCUAUUACUUCAGUUCAUAGUGCACCCCCACCCCCACCUAUUACUUCAGUUCAUAGUGCACCCCCACCCCCAUUAAUGCAAGGGGCACUUCCUUCACCAUCUCCAGGGGAAGGAACUCCACCCCCACCCACGCAUGGUGUAUCUCCAACACUACCUUUAUUACAUGGAGCACCACAGCCUCCCUCACCACCUCCUCCCCCACCACCUUCAAGUUAUGGAGCACCUCCUCCUCCACCCCUUCCAAUGUUUGGAGCACCCCCUCCUUUGAUCCCUCCCAUGCAAAUGCAGAGGAGACCUCCUACACCUCCUCCAUCGCCUCCAAUGCAUGGGUCUCCUCCACCAAUGAAUGCAACUCCACCGCCUCCCGUACGUGGGGCUUCUCCACCACCCCCACCUCCACUAAUGCAUGUGGCUCCUCUACCAUCGCCACCGCCACCAAUGCUUGGGAAUCCUCCUCCACCUCCACCUCCACCUCCACCAAUGCACGGGAAUCCUCCACCACCCCUGCCACCUCCACCAAUGCAUGGUGCUCCUCCACCACCCCCGCCACCUCCACCAAUGCAUGGGAAUCCUCCACCACCCUCGCCACCUCCACCAAUGCAUGGGAAUCCUCCACCACCUACCCCUCCACCCCCACCGCCACCCUCAGCCGGGGAUGGUGGAGCCCCUCCACCACCUCCGCCACCCGGGGGUGGUGGAAUCCCCGCACCCCCUCCGCCACCCUGGGGUGGUGGAGCUCCCGCACCACCUCCGCCACCCGGGGGUGGUGGAGUCCCCGCACCCCCUCCGCCACCCUGGGGUGGUGGAGCUCCCGCACCCCCUCCGCCACCCUGGGGUGGUGGGGCUCCCCCACCCCCUCCACCACCUGGGGGUGGUGGAGCUCCUGCACCCCCUCCUCCGCCAGGUGGUCAUGCUCCAGCCCCACCUGGACCUCCAGGUGGUGGACCUCCUCCACCUCCACCGCUAGGUUCAAAAGGAGGAGCUGUUGCACCUCCUGACCCAAGAGGUUUGUCUGCUGGAAGGGGGCGUGGGCUAACACGCUCAGCUACUACUGCACCUCGAAGGUCCUCCUUGAAGCCUCUACAUUGGAGCAAGGUUACAAGAGCUCUGCAAGGGAGCUUAUGGGAAGAACUACAGAGAUAUGGCGAGACUCAAAUUGCAUCAGAGUUUGAUGUGACCGAGAUAGAGACUCUCUUUUCUGCAACUGUUCCCAAACCUGCUGAUGGAGGCAAAUCUCGAAGGAAGUCUGCUGGAUCCAAAACUGACAAAGUUCAUCUGAUUGACCUCAGAAGAGCUAACAACACUGAAAUUAUGCUCACCAAAGUAAAGAUGCCACUUCCUGAUAUGAUGGCUGCAGUGCUAGCAAUGGACGAAUCAGUAUUAGACGUUGAUCAGGUGGAAAAUCUCAUAAAGUUUUGUCCUACGAAGGAGGAGAUGGAACUUCUUAAGGGAUACACUGGUGAUAAGGAUAACCUUGGAAAGUGUGAACAGUAUUUUUUGGAGCUGAUGAAAGUGCCUCGGGUAGAGUCGAAGAUGAAAGUGUUUUCCUUUAAGAUUCAGUUCGGCUCUCAGUUAUCAGAAUUUAAGAAGAGUUUGAAUACUGUCAACUCGGCUUGUCAUGAGGUUAGGAAUUCUGCCAAACUGAAGGAGAUUAUGAAGAAAAUUCUUUAUCUGGGGAAUACACUGAAUCAAGGAACGGCGAGGGGUUCUGCAGUUGGCUUCAAGUUGGACAGUCUUUUAAAGCUUGCUGAUACACGUGCUUCUAAUAAUAAGAUGACGCUCAUGCAUUAUCUUUGCAAGGUCCUUGCUUCGAAGACACCAGCUCUUCUUAAAUUUCAUUUGGACCUGGGUAGCCUAGAGGCAGCAACCAAGAUACAAUUGAAGUCUUUAGCGGAAGAAAUGCAAGCUAUAAUUAAGGGGUUAGAAAAGGUCAAGCAGGAAUUUGUUGCUUCUGAAAAUGAUGGCCCAGUCUCCGAAAUUUUUCGAAAGACGUUGAAAGAAUUCAUUGCUACUGCUGAGACAGAGGCGGCGUCGGUGACAAAUCUGUACUCUGUUGUGGGUAGAAAUGCAGACGCACUUGCAUUAUAUUUUGGUGAGGACCCGGCUCGUUGUCCAUUUGAGCAGGUUAUAGUGACAUUAUUGAACUUUAUGAGAUUAUUUCGGAAAGCCCACGAAGAGAACUGCAAACAGGCUGAAUUGGAAAAGAAAAAAUCCGAUAAGGAUGCUGAAAUGGAGAAUGCCAAAGGAAUUAAAUAGGUGAUAUACUUGAGUUCUCCUUAGCAUGGGAGAUUGAGCACUCGUCCUACAUCGACGACUCGAUUGUCACCUUGCAGCCAAAGGGAAACAUGCCGUGUGACCAGCUCCGAAACACGUCCAAUUGAGAUUUUUUCUGCAGUGCUAAAACCUCAGAUUGACUCGGAUAUGAACUAAAUGGGAUGUUUAUCGAUGCCUGCAGAACUUUGAGUUGGCCAAAUUGUUUAUUUGUGCAUAUUUGACCGGCUGCUGCUUGAAUCAACAAAACCACGCCCCAACUCAACUGAUCUUGGUCAAUCAUGGAGAUAUAUUGGGUGCUGACUAUCUUCGCGAAGCAAAGGUGUCCUCUGUGCUGGUAGCUGCAAUCCUGAAUAAUGGGUUGGCUCCUCCAGCAGAAUUUUUCAGACUCAGAAGAGUAUUUUCAGUCCUAGAUGAGUCUUUUGAUUAAAGUAGGUGAUUUGGUUUCGGAUCUGACAAUGCAUUUGGCAUAAAUUUUUUGGGCAGAGAACAAAUGCGUCGGAAUUGCAUCCUUGAAGUCAGUCCAGCCGUUCCACGAAACCGUGUACAGAGCCUCUCUAACCAUUCCAUACUCUAGAAUGUAAAAUUUUUCUUUUGUUUGAUGUAACAUGAAAAUAGUUUCUCAUUCGUAGAUUUUUUUUUAUUUUUUACUCAAACCCGUCGUAGUAGACAAUGUUGUAUAGCGCAGAUUCAUAGAGGGUAAUUAGAAGACGGGUUUUCCCCACUGUAGUUGUAACAUAAAUUGAAAAUAUAGGCCACGUUUGAAAUCUGUCGUUUCUCUUCAAAGUUGUAACAUAAGUUAAAAGUCAUUCAUGAAAAUCAUCCAUUUGUUGUCC